CACACACACACACACACAAUUCCCUCCCCUUUCUGUUCCUUUCUGUCCAUAUACCAAUCGAUCUGCCUCAAUAUCCAUCCAUACGUUCGUUCGUCCGUUUGUCCAUCUCCCUCUUCCUCUCCCCUUGAGGGCUGCUGGAUAAGGAGGCCCUCUCCAGUGAAAGAGAGGAUGAGAGAGAGAGCGAGCGAGAAAAAGCGAGAGAGAGAGAGAAAGAGAGAGAUAGAGAGCUCUUCCAGGACAUUUGGGCUCAUCGGUGCGGAUCCAAGACUGUUCGGGGUGGGGAUGGUGAGGGAUAUUUUUCUCGGCACCUCCUCGAUCGGCCGAACCUAGAUCAUGAGAGGUUGUGAGGCGGCGAAGAACAGCCUUGUCUUUGACGACGCCGUCCCUUUCCCUCCGCUUCUGGAUGGAUGCUCGCUGCAGGUGAGGGAUUGAAGAAGAGGACAGUGUGGUUGCAACGGGGAGGACAGGAGGAUGCUUCUGAAUUCGUUUGGUGAAGAAGACUUUUAUGUACAUCAAUGACACCGAGGCUCCAAAGGAAAACGGUAUUUUUUCCAACAUUUGAUCUCUGAAUGGGAUUAUGCAAUCAGAUUUGAGAUUGACAAAUGUCACUUUUUUUUUCGUCAAGGCUAGUGGGAGCGCACUUGUAAAGCAGCUGUAGGGCGACGGGAGCCACGUUAUUGCCACACGCUGUAUCAAACAUUGCGGAUGUUCCAAAAAUAAAUAAAUAAAUAAUCCUGGCUCUCCCUCCUUUUUUUUUUCUUCUUCUUUUUUUUUUUUUUUUUUUUGUUUUUGCCAAUGCUUUUUUUUUAUUAUUUGGAACACAUUGAGAGGACAUCCGUAAAUCUAUUUUUAAAAAAAUCUCUUCAUAAAUUGGGGCCUAUAUUUUACGGGUUUUUGUCACAAAUUCUAACAUGAAGAGUGAAGAAAUGAGGCGUCCAGAAAGGUGCGGGAACAUCUGGUGCGCUCUGAUCCAAGCAUGAACCAUACAGAAGAACAUGAAACAUUCAUGUUUAACUCGAUAGUCUCCCCAUGAGCUCAUGUUUGGAGGCAAAUCCUACUUUUUAUGGACAUAAAAUCGGACUAAGACUGAGACGCCCAGCAGCACUACCCUACAGUGCAACCAGUCAACCAACCGACCACACAUUUAAUUUCCUCACACCCACAGUUGGCCGUUGGCAGAGGCACACAGAGGAAGGAGACGCCGUGGGCUUACAUGGGCGUCCUCGUCUGCUGAAGCCGGGAGGUGCAGGUGUUGAUCGGCAAGCUCGCAAGGCAACCCCCGUUGUGCAUAUGAGACGUUCGGAUCCAGAUGAGAUGUAAUGUGGUGUGGCCACACAGCUGUGCAUUGGUCUCCUUUUCCGCUGUUUCGUGAAGAUUGGCGUCCAAGAUCGGUGUCCGCUGAAUGGCGCGGUUCGGAGACGACAUGCCGGGCAGGUAUGGAGGGGGCCCCGGUGGUGGAGGGGGCCCCGGGGGCCGCGGCGGCAGCAGGCAAGGCGGACCACACGGACAUGGCCACGGCCAUGGGCACGGCCACGGCCACGGACCACCAGGAGGACCCGGGGGCCAGAGAAUGUAUAAGCAGUCUAUGGCGCAGAGAGCCCGCACAAUGGCCCUCUAUAACCCCAUCCCGGUACGCCAGAACUGCUUCACUGUCAAUCGCUCGCUGUUCAUUUUCAGCGAGGAUAACUUUGUGAGAAAAUACGCCAAAAAGAUCACCGAAUGGCCAUAUCCUUUUUCAGGCGUUGUGCAGUGA